AUGUCUUCUCUUUCUCUCACUAAAACCUUUGCUUCUCUUCCUAAAGCCAAACCCAAAACCCACCUCUUCUCCACCACAUCCCCCAUCCAAUUCCUGCCAAACCCACAACAUUCUCACCCUAAACCACCACCCCUCCAACCCCUUUUUACUUCAGAGUGUCUCAACAAGCCACUUGUAUCAAAUCACUCUAGCUCAGAUAGCAAGGACUAUUACAAUUUGCUUCAUCUCUCAGUUCGUUACAGGGACAUUGAACUUGCCAAGGCGGUCCACGUUUCAAUUCUCAAGCUUGAAGAAGAUACCCAAUUGUCCACUGCUCUCAUUGUUGCUUACCUCAAACUGGGUCAAAUCAAUCAUGCCCACAAGGUUUUAGAAACUCUUUCAUGCCCAAAUAUUGUGUCAUAUACAGCAAUGAUUUCUGGGUUUGCAAAGUCGAAUCGAGAAUACGAUGCCAUAGAGCUUUUCUUUGAAAUGAGAGAGUCAGGUAUUGUGCCUAAUGAGUAUAGUUUUGUUGCUUUGUUGACCGCUUGUAUUCGAAUUUCCAAGUUAGAAUUGGGUUUUCAGGUUCAUGCUUUAGCGAUAAAACUGGAUUACGUGGACCACACUUACGUCACGAAUGCACUUAUGGGUUUGUAUGCCAAAGGUGGUUGCGUCCACUAUGUAGUCAAAUUGUUUGAUGAAAUGCCCCAAAGGGACAUUGCGUCAUGGAAUACGGUGAUUUCGGGUGUGCUGAAGGAGUGUAUGAAUGGGAGAGCAUUUCAAUUGUUUCGUGAUAUGUUGAGAAUUGAUGGUUUUAGAGUUGAUCAUUUUACUAUUUCAACUCUUCUGGCUGCUUCAACUGGGUGUUUGGCUUUGAUACGAGGCCAAGAACUUCAUGCACAUGCACUUAGAAUUGGGUUGGAAACUAAUUUGAGUGUGAAUAAUGCUCUUAUUGGGUUUUAUACAAAGUGUGGGAGUGUGGACGAUGUGGAGGCUUUGUUUGAGAGAAUGCCUGUGAAAGAUGCAUUUACCUGGAAUGAAAUGAUUACAGCAUACAUGGAAUUUGGACUUGUUGAUUUGGCAGUGGGGAUUUUUGACUUGAUGCCAGGAAAGGAUUGUGUUACUUAUGAUUGUGUCUUAUCAGGAUACUGUCGAAAUGGCAAUGGAUCAGAGGCUUUGGAGUUGUUUUGCAGAAUGGUGGAGGAGGGCACAGAAUUAACUGAUUUCACUUUGACUAGUGUUGUUAAUGCUUGUGGGAUACUCAUGGAAAUGAAGAUUAGUGAACAGGUUCAUGGGUUUGUUCUGAAGUUUGGUGUUGGGUCAAAUGAGUGUGUUGAAGCGGCACUUCUUCAUAUGUGUACAAGGUGUGGACGAAUGGCUGAUGCUGACAAGAUGUUCCGCCGGCAGCAGUUUAACCAGGACAGUUGGCAAAUAUGGACAUCAAUGAUAUGUGGCCAUGCUCGAAAUGGACAGCCAAAAGAAGCAAUUUCUUUAUUCAGCCAGAGGCAAUUAGGAGGCAUAGCUGUCGAUGAAGUUGCUUUAACUGCAGUACUGGGAGUCUGUGGAACACUAGGUUUUCAUGUGUUUGGGGAACAAAUUCACUGCUGCACUCUGAAGUCCGGUUUUUUGUCUGACAUGCUGGUGGGAAAUGCCAUCAUUAGCAUGUACUGUAAGUGUGGCUACAUGAAAGAUGCAAUCAAUAUUUUCAAUGUUAUGCCAACACGUGAUGUGGUUACUUGGAAUAGUUUGAUUGCUGGUCAUGUUCUUCACAGGCAGGGUCAUGAGGCCUUGACUGUGUGGGCAAAGAUGGAGAAGGCAGGUUUACAGCCAGAUAAUAUUACAUGUACCUUAAUAAUUUCAGCUUACAAACAUACCAACUCAAAUUUAGUUGAUUGUUGCCAUAGAUUUUUCCUCUCAAUGGAGAGCACAUAUCACAUUGUGCCCACUUCAGAGCACUAUGCCUCUUUGGUUGGUGUUUUAGGUCACUGGGGUCUGCUCAAUGAAGCAGAGGAAGUGAUCAAUAAGAUGCCCUUUAAGCCAGAGGCCUCUGUUUGGCGAGCUUUGCUGGACAGUUGUAGAAUCCAUGUAAACACAACUGUUGGAAAGCGGGCUGCAAAGAAAAUACUUGAUAUGGAGCCUAGAGAUUUAUCUACAUAUGUACUUAAAUCAAAUCUGUAUUCUGCAUCUGGAAGAUGGCAUUGUUCGGAAAUGAUCAGGGAGGAAAUGAAGGUGAAGGGGUUUCAGAAGUUCCCAAUCCGAAGUUGGAUCAUUCAUCAAAACAAGGUUCAUUCAUUUUAUGCGAGAGACAAAUCACAUUCCCAAACCAAGGACGUCUACAGUGGACUUGAAAUAUUGAUAUUGGAAUGCCUAAAAGCGGGAUAUGUACCUGAUACAAGUUUUGUGCUUCAUGAAGUAGAGGAGCAUCAGAAGAAGGAUUUUUUGUUCUACCACAGUGCAAAACUAGCGUUGACAUACGGGCUUCUGAUGAGCAGGCCAGGAAAACCUGUUUCGAUUAUGAAGAACAUCCUUCUCUGUGGGGACUGCCAUACAUUCUUCAAAUAUGUUUCAGUUGUUACUAAGAGGGAGAUACAUGUAAGAGACAGUUCUGGUUUUCAUUGUUUUGUGACUGGCCAAUGCUCAUGCGGAGAUCACUGGUGA